AGACAGAGGCCAUGUUCAGUACCAGCGCCAAGAUCGUCAAACCCAAUGGCGAGAAGCCAGAUGAGUUUGAGUCUGGGAUCUCUCAGGCUCUGCUCGAGCUGGAGAUGAACUCUGACCUGAAGGCUCAGCUGAGAGAGCUGAACAUUACAGCAGCAAAGGAAAUCGAAGUGGGUGGCAGCAGGAAGGCCAUCAUCAUCUUCGUUCCUGUUCCUCAGCUCAAGUCCUUCCAGAAAAUCCAGGUGCGUUUAGUGAGGGAGCUGGAGAAGAAGUUCAGCGGGAAACAUGUGGUCUUCAUCGCACAGAGGAGAAUUCUGCCCAAACCCACCAGAAAAAGUCGCACGAAGAAUAAACAGAAGCGUCCCAGGAGCCGUACUCUCACAGCUGUCCAUGACGCCAUCUUGGAGGACCUGGUGUUCCCCAGUGAGAUUGUUGGGAAGAGGAUCCGAGUGAAGCUGGACAGCAGCCGGCUCAUCAAGGUCCACCUGGACAAGGCUCAGCAGAACAACGUGGAACACAAAGUGGAGACCUUCUCUGGAGUCUACAAGAAGCUGACAGGAAAAGAUGUGGUGUUUGAGUUCCCAGAGUUCCAGCUGUAAAUGUACCGGACACAAUAAACGUUGUUGACUGUC